UAGUAGGUUCACGCCGCACGAUACAGUACGCAUUCUUACGUGCAUAAUACCAUAGGUCCCAACAAAGGUACAUAGUGCGUACACAGCCAAUAGCAUACAAGUUAGAAGUGAUAUAUAUCGCGAGACGACUGAGUUGUGCUGCAGUCUCCAUCAUCGCAAGUUUACCUGGGUUAGUUUCUCCCCGACCACGCCCAUUUCAUACAUUUUGUCUGCAAUAGCAUCCAUAAUCCAUCAAAAAUGGCGGAAGAAAAAGCAUCUAUCGGGAUGUCAGCGACUGACCCCAACGCCCCUCCGUCUUAUGAAGCCACGCAACAAGAUCCCACCGGUCCACCAUCUUACAAUUCUCUGUUCGGCCAGAUCCAGAGUGAGAGAGAGAAAAACAGCAAUCCUGUCAGUUUCAUCGGAUCCGUCGCUAGGAUCCUGCUCAGCACAUUUAUGGUGACAUUAUUCAUGGCAAUGAUCCUUGCAAUUCCCAUCACAAUGAUUGUCAUCGGGUCCAUUUACAUAGACGACUGUCCUGUUGAGUACCUCAUUCCUAUCUAUCUGAUCACCAUGGGAGCAGCUUACACUGUGAAAUCAUUGAUUGACUUGAAGGGAAGGUUCCAGAAAUCAAGACUUCCUCAGGAAGAACAGGCCGACUUUACACCAAACAAAGUAGAGAGCGGACUCAGCCACCUCCUUGGAAUGUUCUGCUUCGCCUUUUUCAUUGCCGGAAAUGUAUGGAUCUACUCGAAUUACAGGCCCAACACCUCGGACAGUUCUAGCGAUGACUACUGCCACCCAACGCUCUACUACUUUGCCUUCUGGGUGACCACGGUCUGUUACAUCAUUGCAGGUUUAUUCUGUUUCUGCGGCUGCUGUAUCGGCUGCAUGGCCAGCUGCUGUGCCACGGCUGGUGCGGCAACCGGUGCAUCCUCUGAGGCCGAAAAGAAAGAUGUCCCCUAGUUCGAUCGUUUGAUUGCACUGAUCGAUAUAAUGACGGUGGUUAGAUGGAAGAUAGUAUUUCGUUAAUGGUGAUGAGUCGUAAACCUGGAGGGAAAAUUUUAUAAUGUUUCCACUUUAUACCAAUGUUAUGAUGGUAGCGUCCUUUUUUUGUAGUAGUCUCUCUUCGCUUACAAAAGGGAAUUAAUGCUUUGUCUCUUUUACUGUAUUCACGAAACCAACGUACGUUGUAUAUGCUUGACAGAACUGAUAACUCAUUCUUGAUCACGCUCUUAAUAUGGUCACAAAUUAAUAAUAAGACGAACAGUGACAAGAAGCAUUCAACUUAGAGAUCACGGGGUGGGGCUAGGGGCUUCAGCCCCAUUUUUCCCCUCUGUGUGCAUAACGUAAAACUUACUAUCUGAUGGUGAUUUUUUGCGUGGCUAGUAGCCCCCUUCCCCACAUUCUACUCGGCCCCCAAUUUCAAAACCGUUCCGCGGCCCUGAACAACAGCACAUCUGGGGCUGUCACACAAAGCUUAGCAGUGAUCGUAGAACAGUUUUCUCCGAUUGAUUCCAUUGACUACAAUGUAAAAUCAAUCGUGAAAACCAAGCGUACGAUUACUUGCUAACUUUUGUGUUACGGACCCUGGUUAAGGGCCCCUUUUAAACCUUCCAAAAUGAAAGGGAAAAAUCACUCCUGACAAUAUCACCCAGUUAGGGAUUGCGAAAUGUUGUAUAGUUUGAAGUUCUACUACAACCCCGUGAAUUUCAUACGGCUGAGUGUAGAAUUUGACAUUUCUUUCACUUAUCAAUAUGUCGGUACGUGAACAACAACAACAGCGGCAAAAUACUCGCAUUCCUUAUCACAUUUAAAUUUAUUUUAACCUAUUGAUAAUCACGAUAUUUAUGUUAGGUAGCAUUUUAUUUUUGUAAAUAAUGUAUUUAUGGUAUUUUGUUGUGUAUUAAUGCACCAGGACCACACGUCUUUCAGUUAGCACGUAGCAAUACGAAGAUUAUUACAAUAUUUAUGGAACUUGAAUUCGGUCCAACUCUUAAAUAAAAUAUUAAACACAGCGACAUUGAAACCUCGAAGAGGUGGUCCCUUCAAGGGCUCUUUUCAAGCCGCUGCAUGAUGGGAUGGCAUCAUCUCUAGCCACAAUUUAUUUCCAUAGUUUCAUUUUCCGGUUCCAUGAGAUGUGCUCCGGCGACAAUUGCUCCGAAGGAAAAUCUUCACGUUAAGCCAAACAUAAACUCCAACCUCCAUAACUAAAUAAACCUUUUAUCCUUAUUUUUACAUGCUUCUGAACCCAAAACUCUAUUACAAUCAUAACUCUAACCAAAUGCCCUCUGAGAUAUCAAGACCAGAACAAAUGUCGCAGGAGCAAUUGUCGUGUCACCCAAUUGGUUAAAGGUUUCCACCCCUCUUUUGUUGUUAUAAUAAUAGGAUUGAGUUGGCACGAUGUGUGGUUUACAAUGAACAAAAACAUGGUUUGAAGAGAUACAUUGGGAUAUGAUAUGUUGUUUAAGAUUUAAAAACAGCACCUAAUUUGGAUGUCGAUAUAAAAGGUGAUAGGCGUGUAUUAUAACCUUUAUCGUUAACUUAUUUACCUACAGUAUAUUUUAAUUUCAUCUCAUUGUACAGUGUAUGCCUUAUGUGUUUUUACAGUAAAGAUUAUUAUCCAUGAUGUAUAAGCCCAGCUGCACCCUUACGAUAGUGCUGGGAACGAGGUAUUAUUCCCCGUUCCCUCUGUCGCGAUUGGCCUUUCGUAACUGAUCGCGAAAAUUGUGUAACAAUACAAUAUUUUUCUACGAUCAAUACGAUUGCCACGACUGAUCUGAUACGAUCUUAUACGUCCUGAUACGAUCAUUGCAAUUACUCGCCGAUUAAAGCCCCUUUCACAAUUGACGUACGACCUGUUUACGACCACCUGCAACAGUUUUUUCUUGUUGUUGCACGAUCGAUCCCUUGGUGUCUUACGAGCACUCGCAGUCGUUGUAGACAAUCGCACAAACUCGAGGUGGUCGGAGGUGAUCGUGACUGGUCGCAUCUGAACUUUGAACAUGUUCAAAAUCCAAACGCGAUCAAAUACGAUUGAUUCACUCGCAACAGGUCGUACCAUCAGUCGGGCGAUCAUCGUGUGAGUGUUGUUCAACGUUGUACGACUUGGUGCGAGAGGUGGCACAACUAAGUAUAGUCGCAUUUAGUCGACUGGAGGUCGUACAACACUUGCACAUGUGCUGGAGACCUACAGAGACCAGUCUUGCGACUGGGUGCGAUAAUAUAAGACUGUUGCAAGACCGAUCGAAAUUACAGCUUAUAACAUUCCACUACCGUUGCAUUCGAAUGUAUGCGACCGUUCAGCCCCUUUCACAAUUGACGUCCGACCAGUUUACGACCGCCUGCAACAGUUUUUUCUUGUUGUUGCACGAUCGAUCUCUUGGUGUCUUGCGAGCACUCGCAGUCGUUGUAGACGGUCGCACGAACUCGAGGUGGUCGUGAAUGGUCACAUCUGAACUUUGAACAUGUUCAAAAUCCGAACGCGAUCAAAUACGAUCGAUUCACUCGCAUCAGGCCGUACCCGGGGUCGUACCAUCGGUCGGGCGAUCAUCGUGCGAGUGUUGUUCAACGUUGUACGACUUGGUGCGAGAGGUGGCACAACUAAGUAGUCGCAUUUACUUGACUGGAGGUCGUACAACACUUGCACAUGUGCAAGCAACCUAAAUGUACAGAGACCUGUCUUGCGACUGGUUGCGAUAAUAAUAUGGGCCAUAAGACUGUUGCAAGACCGAUCGCAACAGCUUACAACAUUGCACUACCGUUUCAUUCGCAUGUAUGCGACCGUUCCACUCGCAAUCCAUCGUGCAACACUCGCAUGUGAUCGCACGAGCACAAUAAGAGCAUAUGCGACUUACUCGUGCAACGGUGUUUACUGGUUGUUUUUGUUGUACGACAGAUGUUGCAACUGUGAAAGCCUCUGUGCGAUCUUAUGAGAUGACUAGCGAUUGAUGCCUGUUGCAGCCUGUCGCACGACCAAAAGGUCGCAAAUGGUCGUACGUCAAUUGUGAAAGGGGCUUAAGACCACCGUUUCAAUCGUGGUGCAAACCAUGGCAGUGGGAACUACACUCUUAAAAUGUUGGGAAACAACAUACUAUCCGCACAACAUACUAUCCGCACAACAAUUGGUUAAAAAUUGUAUCCAACUCUGGGUAGUUUUCAACCAAUACUGUGUAGUUUUCACCCAAAGCGCACAUUAUUGGUUUAAAACUACCCAGAAUUGGAUAAAUCUUUAACCAAUUGUUGCGUGGACAGUAUGUUGCCCAACAUUUUUAAGAGUGUACACUGCAAAAACUCUGAUGUUGAUUUAACACCAGCCCGGAAUUUAUAUUAUGUCCACACCAGAGAAGUGUUAAAAAAACACCGCUUUGGUAUUAAUCUAACACAAGAUAUGUGUUUAUACAACACCAAUUAGUAUUAAAACACCAUCGGUUUGAUUCCAAACUGGUGUUGUUUCAAUGCUUCUCUUGUGUGGACAUAUAUAAAUUCCGGGCUGGUGUUAAAUCAACACCGGAGUUUUUGCAGUGUAGGUAAUACCUAACAAAUUAUUGUAAAUACUUUAUACCAGUGCAACACAUAACUAAGAUCGUUUUUGGUAACAUGAAUUUCUCGUAUGAGUAAUGGCGAUUUCACCGCGUCAGCAUAAUAUUGAAAAAAUAAUUGAAGUAAAUAUUUUGUAAAAUAUCUACAUUGUCUGUAUUUCAUGUCAUACUUAACAGGGUUUUUUUUUCUAACACGUUGUUAUUGAUGAACAAAUAAACAUUUGCAUAUGUCUAUCCUUA